AUGCCUCAGUCUGAUUCAGCUGGAGGAACAGAAUCUGACAUUGAAAUGGAAGCGGCCAUCCAUUUCGGACCGGAGUUAGCUGGAGGUGGAGCUGGACAUUUCUCUGUCACUCAGUUUCCUCUCGGGGCCGCCUCUCACACUCUGUCAGCUCUUUCUCAGUCAGGUCGGGGCGGGCUGUAUAAAAAAGGAAGGUAAGGCAGCUCGGCUCUCAUUCAGCAGCGAUUGGAGUUAGAAAGCGUGAUGUCUGGAAGAGGCAAAGGAGGCAAAGGCCUGGGAAAGGGUGGAGCGAAGCGGCACCGCAAAGUGCUCCGUGAUAAUAUCCAGGGCAUCACGAAACCAGCCAUCCGGCGCCUGGCUCGCCGUGGCGGGGUCAAGCGCAUCUCGGGCUUGAUCUACGAGGAGACCCGCGGGGUGCUGAAAGUUUUCCUGGAGAAUGUGAUCAGGGAUGCGGUCACCUACACUGAGCACGCCAAGCGCAAGACGGUCACUGCCAUGGAUGUGGUGUACGCUCUGAAACGCCAGGGCCGCACUCUCUAUGGAUUCGGCGGCUGAGCAAAUCG